CCGACAUUGGAGCACCAACACGGGAACUGUCCUGCUGCAACUCUCCCACUGAGGAAACUAAAACAGAAUUUGAUUCAACACAGAAGAUUUACUUUUUAAGUUUUGUAAGCUUUGUUUGCGGAGAGUUGAGAGGAAUAUUACGCGCAACUUCCUCAUCGUUUGGACUGUUUAAAAAAAAGGCCGAUUCAACGGUAAGAUGAAACCAGAACUGGAGGACCAGAAUGUUUGGACACAUUAAACACCUGGAAUUGAACCUUCUUUGACAACAUCUGGUACUAUUGGCAACAAAAAAAAUCUGAAAAGAAUCGAAACUACUACAGAACCUAGAUUUUUUUUUUUCUACUUGUGGAUUAUAAGUAAAAGACUGCAAACAUGCCUAUUCUCAAGCAGCUUGUAAACAACUCUAACCAGUCAAAGCGACGGUCACGGGCCGACCUGACCGCAGAGAUGAUCAGCGCUCCAUUGGGCGACUUCCGCCACACCAUGCACGUUGGCCGGGGAGGCGAUGCAUUCGGGGACACUUCAUUUCUAAGCACCCGAUCUGGGGAACCUCCCAGGGAGCCUGAACCAAAGCAAAACUCCCCAGGCCCCAAACCAGGGCUGCUGUCGCGUACAUUCAGAAGCAGCAAGCGCUCUCAGUCUGUGAACCGUGGGGACAAGUACGAGUACAACACGAUGGCGCCUUCUGGUGGCUCAUCCGGCUAUGUCAAAAAUGCCAUAUCUCUGCCUUACCUUAACGAUGAUGAUAUGAGCAGAGGUCACCUGACAAAGAGUGUUUCUUCAAGCCCCAUGAAGACGGUGAUGGAGAUUGAGACCAAGCCGGUAAAUGGCGCAGCUGCAAUGGCAACAAUUGAUGCGGAGUUCGAUGAGCGUAAUUUCGGUGAGCUUACCGACUUGCCACCAUCCAUGCCAAAGGGAGGCGGGAUGAAGCACGCAGAGUCUAUGAUGUCCUUCAACAUUGACUUGGGGCCCUCCAUGCUGGGGGACAUCUUAAGCGUGAUGGAAAAGAAAGGCUGGGAGGAGGAUGACCUCGGCUAUGAAGAAGGCAAGGGUAGCGAUGGCCGAGCCUCACCCUCCAACAUACCCCACAUAGAUGACGAUGACGCGGAAGUGCGGGCCCCGACAAGGCCACCUCGCAGCAUGUACCAGCAGAAGACCAUAGUGGAUCCAUACACCCCGGAGCUACAAACCAGGAACAACCACCACAACCUGGACAGUUACUCUGUGUCCAGCUCCGGCUCGGCUACUGAGGAGAAACCUCAGUACCACCUCCAGGACGGUGACACAGACAGCGCAAAGUACAGCUCGCCACGUGGGGAGGAAGACCGAGAUUUCACCUUCAUGGAUGACGACGAGGAUGAGAUUCGAGUGUAAACCAGACUGGUAAUACUGCCAUGAACAGUCUUGGAGGACACUUAUCGAGACGAGCAGAUGUUGAGAGGCUAUCACAAGCUGUUGUAGGCAGGGGGGAUGAUUUGGAGGAAGGGCCACUGCUGCUCUAAGCGCCCUGUAGAUCUGUAUUAUGUUUGUACACUUUGUUCAACAUCAUAAAUAAAACCAAUUAGGCCUUACUCACUGUGCUGUAGCAAGAAGAUGUGAGCUGAGUGCAGACAGACUUGCUCACAGAGUGGAACUCUUGAAGGGCUUGGGUUGUUAAUCGUUGCAGAUUUACGCAGCUUCAAACUCUGAACUCACGAAUGGGAAUUUCCCAUUUCAAACAAUACUGGCACAUGUGUUUGAACUCUUUCUUCUCCAAGGUGAAUGAUCGAACAAAGAAAAGCAGCAAGCCAUUGGCGAUGAACGCGUCUUGGGAAGUAAAGUUCGACCACAAGGUUGGAGAAACUGUACCCAAGCCGUCAUUCACAUUGAUAUCACGUUUGUUGUGGGUUGUGUGAGGUGAGGAAAUGGAUAUGUGAGGGCACAAAGUUGAUGUAGAUGUGUGUAUUAGAGAUUUUGAACAAGGAAGAGGGAAAGGACAUUUUGCCAAUGACAUUGUUUGGCAUAAACACUAAGUAGAUAAAGUAGUUAUUACUUUUCCAUGUCUUACUUUAAGGGGUGACUUUUUAUUACUUUUGUCAAGCAUGUCUACUGUUGUAGAGCUUGUUGUUUUUUUUUAGUUAGUAGUUAUUCUGUUUUAUUUUUCCUCCUGUUUGUCUUAAGUUAGCAUUGCCUCCAUUCCUUACAUUCACAGACAGCUGUGGUAUUUAUUCAUUUAUAUUAAUAAGGGAUGAAUCAGUCUAAUUAUGCACUACAAGGUCUUAAAAGUUAUGAUUUGGGUGUUUUUUUUCCGAAUGUGUUUCUCGACUUUAAAAAUCGUAAGGGUACCACAGAGUAAACCAGCUUCUUUUUUCUUUUUUAUGGAAUUUUGAUAAACGGCACUUAAUUCUCAAGUAGACACAAACUCACCUUUGCUGUCAUAUUUGUGGGAAUGCCACAUUAGAUGACAAGGACCUAUGUUUGUAAAAAAAAAUGUGAAUUGUCAAAAAAAAAGAGGCCUUUUGUACGUGUCCUGGGUCCUUUACUUUAUUUUUUUUAAAGAGACAGGACAGAAGUGGUGAUUGGGCUAAUUCAGUGUGUUUCUGGGUCAUUCCACAUCAUCACUGACGAUGGCAGCAUGAGCAGGUCAGCGGAGAGCGAUGAGUGUGAAAGGGACAGUUGGUAAAAAUCCAAAUGAAUAGUUAUGGCUUGUCCCUAAGGGAAGAGAAAGGAUGUAAAAACAUGUCCAAGGUGUUAUUGGAUUGCAGCUUUUUUUUUUUUUUUUAUGGACGGGCUUCGGGUAUGUCUCGGGGCAGUGCUGAGAGUGGCAGACAUUUCCUUAACCGGCCCCGCAGGUGACAAGACUCACCUCCUCUAUGCAGCCUAAAUCACACAGCAGAAACAGAUGAUUAAAUCAACCAAUCAUCUGGGCCUUUUCCCAGUCUACUCAUUAAAUGUGCUGGAUUAUUGAACCACAACCAGCUGGAACUGCUCCAGGAACAGCAGGGUCAGGGACGGACAGGUGGACCCUUUCUCUUUGAUUUUUUUUUGUGUUUUUAGUUGUACGCUCACUCAGUUGGCUCCUCCAGGUUACUUUAAGUUCUAAAUAAGGCAACGAAGAGGCGUACUUUAGUUCCCUGUGUUGAUGAUUCACGUCUGACCUUUUUUUUUUAUGUCUUGUUUGAAAACUAAUUGCCACGUUUGACAAAUGGGAACCUUUAUGUCCGGUUGUGGCAUUGAUGCAGGUGUGUACAUAUGGAAUCAGGAUGCUGUGCCAUUAUUUUCUCGGGUUUUAUUGUAUACUUUAAAAACCACCAUGUCCAUAUGAAGAGGAUGCAACGAGUUCAAGCAAUCUAGAGGAAAUUGCCAAGUACGUUCUAACCAUAUUAUUGGAAAAUGAUAGCAGGAUGUUUAAUUUGUGUUCAUUUUUUUACUCAUGUAUAGACUUGCAGUAUGGUUUAAGUCAGAAAUCUUACCUUUUUUUCCUUAAUGUAAAUGGGCCAAAUUUGAAGAUGUCUUUAACUUUAUAUUAAAAUGAAUUGUGAAAUA